UUGCUCUUCUUCUUCUUCUUUCCUCUUGGUCCAAAGACGGGUCUCAAUUUCAGUCCGACGAUUUAACAAGAAACCGUUGAAAGAGAAAACUAAAACACUAGAGUAGAGGAGAGUUGAACGCAAAUUCCAUAGAGCUAGCUCCGUUGGGAGAGCUCAAAAAAGCUCAAGACACCAAAACAAAACAAAGAUGAUUGAAUGGCUGAAGAGACUAAGAGCUGCAUUUGGAGCCUCGUUUCUCUGGCUCGUUUGCCUCAUUUACUUCACCCAGGGUUUUAGAUCCUUUGUUUGGACUGCAGUUUCUUACCAGCUGAAAGAUACUCUGAAGUUGUCACCUUCGUCUUCCCAGUUUUUGUUUUCGAUAGCCUUCUUCCCAUGGAGCAUUAAACCAUUAUAUGGAAUUUUAUCUGAUUGUAUUCCAAUAAAAGGAAGGAAAAGGGUUCCAUACUUGGUGAUUGCAACUGUGCUCUCUCUUGUCCCAUGGCCUAUUCUUGGACUGAAUGCAACGUCGAGGAGUUCCAAGUGGCUCCUUAUGACCUUCUUAACAGUCCAGAACCUGGGCUCGGCCAUGGCUGAUGUAGUAGUUGAUGCGAUGAUUGCUGAGGCAGUAAGACAUGAGCGGGUUUCAUUUGCUGGAGAUCUCCAGUCAAUCUCAUGGUUGGCAAUGGCUUUCGGUGGCAUAUGUGGGAGUUUGACAGGAGGAUUUGCAUUAACCAACUUUCACAUACACACAAUUUUUCUUCUUUUUUCUGUACUACCAUCCAUACAAUUGCUAUCAUGUGGCUUGGUUGAGGAGAAUUCUGUAGAUAGUAAAGCUUUCCCUGAAUUUUCCGAGUUAAAAAGCUCCUAUGCAGUGAAUGGGAACAGUAGUUCUCUAGAUGAAGAUAGUUUUUCAGAGAAGAAAUCCAAUACCAGCAUUACAAGGAGAAAGAAGAGCAAAAAGGGCAGCAAAAAGAAAACAGUUUCUAGUAAAGUACAGGUUACGAGAAAAGCUGACUCAUUAGCUUCACAGUGGUUCCAAUCUCUGAAAGCAGCCACGUUUAGUCUGUGCCGUGCAUUUAAACAACCAAUUAUUUUGAGACCAAUGGCUUGGUUUUUCCUGGCACAUGUUUCCAUUCCAAACCUCUCGACUGUGAUGUUUUAUUAUCAAACAGAGUUCUUGAACUUAGAAGCAUCCUUUUUGGGCACUGCACGUGUUGUGGGAUGGUUAGGUCUCAUGCUUGGAACCUUCGUAUAUAAUAAGUACUUAAAGAGAAUGAAUUUGAGAAGAAUCCUCAUGUGGUCUCAAGUUGGUUUGGCUUUCUUGACUCUCCUUGACAUUGUUUUAGUGUCUCGAGUAAAUCUCACCUUCGGAAUAUCAGAUAGGAUUAUGGUGCUCUGUGGCUCAGCACUUAGUGAUGCAGUCAAUCAGUUCAAGUUUAUGCCAUUCCUGAUCUUAUCUGGACAACUUUGCCCUCCUGGAAUUGAGGGCACUCUCUUUGCCCUUUUUAUGUCGAUAAAUAAUUUAGGGUCAACGUUGGGGUCAUUUGUCGGUGCUGGAUUGGCUUCACUUUUGAGCAUCUCUUCAGGUUCUUUUGACAACCUUCUAUUGGGAAUUGUCGUUCAAGUUCUCUGCAUAUUCAUUCCAAUUGCUUUCCUAUUUUUGAUACCGAAGGAAGCUACAGGAAUAUCAGCAUAGAUAGUCAUAUUUUUCAUAGAGAUUUACAGAGUAGGUUUACCUAGGGACUGAAAAAGAAAGGAGUAUAGUUUUAAUUUUUAUUUUUUUUCCUUUUACGGAACUGAGUUCAUGUCUCCACAACACCAGUUGAGAUGUACUUACAGUUGCAAAUUACAACUACUUCUGAGUGGGACAUUUCCAUUUAGAGCUUGAUUGGCCAAUAGUAUGUGUAAGUUCUUUUGCGAAGAUCCCUCACUAACCCGGAAUGCUAUUUGUAAUGUGGAAAUCAUUGUUGUAAAUUUUCAUGUGCUGAAGACUGGAAAUGUGGAAGCCGUUUUCUGUCAUGGCGUGUUCAAGGGAAAGGAUCAAUUAGCUGUUUGCCUGUAAAACAUAAAUGCAAAUAAGGCACAAUUUAGUUUGAUUUA